UCCUGGAAGAUGAAGGAAUUCAUAUCAUGACCCAGCCUCCACACUUCCCUGACCUAAAUUCAAUGGAACAUCUCUGGGACAUCGUGUUUAGGUUCAUCUGACACCACCAGAUUGUAUCUCAGCUUGUCCAGCUCAGUGAUAUCCUGGUCAUAAUCUGGGAGGAGAUAAUUUUCUUGAACACCAUCCAUCAUCUCAUAGUGUGUAUGCCCUGACGUUGUCAGGCAUGCAUACAAGCAUGUGGGGACCAUACAAACUGAGUACCAUUUUGUGUUGCUGCAAUGACAUUUCAGCAUCAGUUUUUCAGUUUAAAUUUCUCUUAACUUCAGAUUAAGCUCUCUGUGGGUUAAUAAUUUUCAUCAAAUGAUGUAACGUCCAAUUGUUCUAAGACAUUGCCCUUUCCAUAUAGGUAUAGGAUAUCUAGCAUGCUUUUUUUCAAUUUAUAUAAGAUGUGUUUAUAAAAUGUUCCUUUAAUUUAUUUGAGCAGUGUCCGUUGAAAUUUGUGGUCGGAACGUAACAAAAAGCGUUGUACUCCAUUCAGUCUUCUUCAAAAGUAUCCAUGCUCCUUUUGCAAGGCGCUGCAUAUGUGAUAAAUAAAUAAAACAAUACAAAAUGCAAGUAAUCUCCACAAACUUUGUUUUAGCUCCUCUUGGUAGUUUUCUUGGAAACCGAUUGUCCUGUAGAGCAACAGUCUUUCUUGGAGGCAUUUUGUCCUCUGUUGGCCUGGUUCUCAGUUCCUUUGCCUCCAGUCUGGAAUUCCUCUAUGCUUCUCUGGGAGUCCUCACAGGUCUUGGCUUCGCUCUGAGCUACACACCAGCUAUAGCAAUGGUUGGAAGGUACUUCAGUGAGAGGAAAGCUCUAGCUUAUGGCAUUGCUCUGUCUGGCAGCGGCAUCGGCACCUUUCUUCUGGCUCCUGCAGUUCAGCUGUUUAUUGAUCAUUACUCGUGGAGAGGAGCUCUGCUUAUCCUGGGAGGAUUUGUUUCCAACCUGUGCAUCUGUGGCGCUCCGAUGAGGCCGCCGGAACAGAACCGAGCUGAAAGGAUAUGGGGGAACAACAUGACAAAUGUGGAGAAGGGCUGCAUGACAGCUGUGCUGCAAACUGAACUACCUGAAAAAAUACCUACUGACUGGGGUCAAGCAGAGCCAAAGCAGCAGCAAAUGCAGAAUUUAAAAGACAAACAUGGCCUUGUCAUCUCCAUUGGAACCUUCAAAAACCUUGGGCUUGAUAACGACAAAAUUCAAGAGAGUAUCACACUGCUACCAAGCCCAAAGCUGACUGUUACUAGGGUGACAGAUAAGAAAAUGGCAGAAUGCGUCUUGUUAAGCAAUAAGCUGGAGACAAUGCUGGAGGAGACGGGGGUAUCAGGUACAACGAUUUUAAAAAGAAACAUGAAAGAUGAAAAGAAUAACUCAAACAACACAUGGAUGAAUGCUUAUGAAAAAAGGGAAAAUUCAAUAUCUAGUGAAGAGAUACCAACAGAUGGCUUUGACGAAACCAUUUCAACUGAACCACUGGUAUUCUCGCAACCGUUAUCCAGAGGUCAAUCUUUUUGUUUUAAAGCAAAGGACGAGUUUGGCUUCCUGUGGAUUCCCAGAUUCUUGAUCCUGUCCAUAUCCUUUGUUUUUCUGGCGUUUGGCUGUAGUGUUCCUGUAGUUUACCUUGUCCCUUAUGCUCUGAGUGUAGGGGUCAAGCAUCAGCAUGCCGCCUUCCUUAUGUCAAUAUUUGGUGUCAGUGGAAUUGUUGGCAACAUCACCUUUGGAUGGAUCACAGACAGGAAAUGUCUAAAGGGAUAUCGCAUGCUGAGCUACAUGGUGGCUAUAAGCAUGGAGGGCUUUUGUUGCAUGUUCCUGCCUUUCCUCCAUUCUUUCUCCCUCCUGGUGAUGUUUUCCAUUCUCUACGGAUACUUUGAUGGAGCAUAUGUGGCGCUGAUACCAGUGGUGACUUCUGACACUGUGGGCUCCGCCCAUCUUACCUCGGCCUUAGGCGUGGUGUACUUCCUGCAUGCUAUCCCAUACCUGGUCAGCCCACCUAUAGGGGGUUGGUUUGUCGACCAGACCGGCAACUAUGCAUCAACCUUCUUCGUCUGUGGUGCUUCCUUCUUCCUCAGCUCUUUGGUCCUGGUGGCUGCCUCUUUAGCUACACAUCUGAUGGCGCUCUGUGAAAGAGCUCUUGGUCAAAAUAAGCGUCCAAAGGGAAACUAAACACUCGUAGAUUGUGCCUGUUUUCUCAGGAAAUAAAGUUGUGACACAAUAUAAUAUAGGCAGUGCCUAAAGUAUCAAUACCCUUUAAACCUUUUCAUAUUUUUUCAUGUUACAACUCUUAUAUUAUUGAGAUUUUAUGAGACCAAAACAAAGUAGCAUAGUUGUGAAGUGGAAGUAAACAGAAUCAUGAUUUUUCAAAGUUUUUCUCUACAAAAUCUGGAAAGUGUGGCAUGCAAUUCUAUUCAGCCCUUGUAACUCUAACACCCCUUAAAAAAAACAUUGCAACCAACUUCCUUCUGAAAUCACUCCUUUGUCUGUGUAGUUUUAUCCAAGAAUAAAUCCAGCUUUUCUGUGGGGGUCUAAGAUGUUUGUUAGAGAAUGUUAGUGAAUAAACAGCUUCAUGAAGACCAAUGAACAUACCAGACACGGGUGGGAGAAAGUUGUGGAGAAGUUUAAAGCAGAGGUAGGUUAUGAAGCAGUAUGCCAAGCUUUAACCAUCUCACAAUGCACUGUUCAGUCCACAAUCUGAAAAUGGAAACAGAGGGUCUGAACUGACAGCCUGCCAAAACAUGGCUGUCCAUCUAAACUGUCUGGGAAGGAAAACAUCAACCAGAGAAGCAGCGAUGAGAUCUAUGGUUACUCUGGAGGACCUGCAAUAAACCAUAAAAGCCAAAUUGGACCUUUAUGGCAAGUUUAGAGACUAAACCUUAACUUCUUGGCAACAUGCAAAAUGUUGUGGAGUAUUCAAACUAACACUUCAAAAUCACUCCACACCACAGUGAAGGAUGGUAGAGGCAACAUCCUCCUGUGGAACGGCUUUCUGCAGCAGUGGCAGGGAAGCUGGUUGAGGUUGAUGGAUAGGCUGAUGGAGCUAAAUAAAGGAAUGACCUGGAAAAAAACUGGUAGAAGCUGGAAAAGACUAGGGAGAGAGGUUCGCCUUCCAGUAGGACAGCUUCCCUAAAUAUCAGUCAGGACUUGUGAAUUGGAGCUCUAUAAAUAAAACUCAAUCAAAACAAAACAUAUGUGUCAGAAUCUUAAAAACAUGAUUUGCUGCUUUUUGUUUCUCCAAGUCACUGUAUUUAAAAAUAAAUGUAUCAGUGUGAACAAGCAUCAAUCACAUCACACUAAAAACCUUUGUUACACAUCAGUGAUCUAGGAUCUUUUCUUAAUUAUUAUUCUUAGAUCAUGUUUUUCAGCGUUCAGUGAUAUCUCCUCUUCUCAAAUGUUUGUCCCAAUGCCUCCUAUAAAUAUACUACUUCUAAGUAUUUGACAUAUCAAAUUUACUCUUCUUUCCAUGUUGUAGCAUGACAAUUCUGUGAUGGUAACAUAAAUAAAAAGGUCAAAAAUA